CCAUGCACAUUGUGACUCAAGGUGACUAAUAACCAACUGCUUGACAUCCAUAUUUAUUCGUAUGGCGCUGCAGACUGACAUAUCAAGGUGUAUCAGUCACAGAAAACUACAUUAAGUUGUUCAGGACAUCAAUGGUGACAAGUGCAGUUGCCCGAUUUUCUCGACAUAUAUAUACAUAUCUCUACACUAUCAUUCGUGUUGGGGGCAGCCCUGUCUGGUUCCGUCCCGUGACUAGUGAAGCACAUCUGUGAUAUAAGGACAAUGUCUCUCUCCUCAUCGGUUCGGUUACUCAUUGGAUUAUUUCUCUUAACGACCUUCUCAGUAUCGAAUGGAGGAUCGUCUUGGAUAGACUGGGGAAACAAACAUAGCAGCGAAGAACAUGAUGAUGACAGCCACGAAAAACAAUACUGUGGAUCAGGCCUUUCGUGUCCCAGUCGGUACUACGGAGACGACUACACGGAAUGUUGUAUGAAUGGCCGAAAGUUGGCCUGUUGCAAACCCGAAGCACCAGCAGUUGACUUGGGCAAAAUGCAACCGUGGGCAAUAGCACUCCUGAUCUUAGCCAUGCUGUUCAUCCUUUGUGCCAUAGUGAUGCUGCUGUGUGCCUGCUGUAGCUGCUGUUACUGGGCAGGCAAGAGACGGAGGAGGGAGUACGUCGUCAUCCGGGACCAGCCAACCUACAGCUAUUCUCAUUACCACGGUGGAUAUCGCGGGUGAUGUGAUCAGAAUAGCACAUUCGAAUAGCCAAUCAUUUCGAAAUCAUCAUCGCCUGUCGAUCGUGGCAGUCAAUUUGGACUCCGUUUCCCUGUGAAUAAAAAGAAAAACGUAUAGGCUAAACAGUCAUGUAUAGGCUUGUCUUAAUUCUUGCUGCAACCGAUAGGCCUAUAACUGGUGUGAUCGUUGUAGUUUUUGAAUCAUAAGUGAAUUAUGAUUAUAUUCCAUCUCUGAUUCAGUCUCGCACGAAAGUUCAAGCGGCGGUGUACGUCAAUCCUAAGAAGGGAUGCGCACAACGCCGAUGGCUCCCCAUGACAAUUUGAGGAGACGUUGCACACCAACGCUACACUGAGUAUGUACAUGUACUUUAAGAUUCCGGUCUCAUAUUGACUACUCGGAUGACUUUAUCGAAAAUUGUAUUGCGUGUGACCCAGAUCCGAACAUCAGGUGCCAUCGACAUAAUGAUGUGGUGUGACGUCCAUUAGGCUAUAUCGUUGCCCUACUGCCCCACCACUCUGAACCUUGUUUAGUCAGCCAACCACCAGUUCAUCUUGAUUUCUGUAUUGUUUUCGAAUACUGCAUCGAUAGUCACGAUAGUGCUUCCACAACUAUUUACUAAUCAGUCGGAUCGGAUAGGUGUGGAUAGUUGGCAUUGGAGAACGUCAAAUACAGCGGAUUUCGGGUGAGGCUGGGAAUAAAAUGUGAGUAGUUUAUUGUAGCGGGGUGUCAACAGGCGGAUUCAUAUACACCGACUCCUGACAACUAUGUUUUAAGUAGCAGUUCUGCAUAAAUAAACAUGUUUAGCGGACCAAAAUUUUGAGGCUUCAGCUUACUGACUACUGCUGAUAAAACCAAAUGUGAUGCGCUGAUCGAGGAAAGCGCGCGUGUUUUGAACUCUGGGGUGUUCUUUUUCUGUUUGAUACUAUACAUUUGCUCAGCAGAUAGAAAAGAGAUAUUGUAUUACCCCCUGAAUGAACGAGUUGGGAAAUUGUUUAGGUAGAGAGCUUCAGUGUAUGAUGAAGUUUGUGCUGUAUUAAAAUCCAACAAGUUCAUCAUGGAAACUAUUGAAACGUUUGUCCGCAUUGGAUUUUCUCCAAUGAUUUAUUAUUCAGCUUGGUCGCUCUUUCCCUGAUUCAUGUGAAAUUUAUUUCAUCCACCUAAUAUGAUGCCGCAGCCCUUCGCGACGAUAAUGCUGCCCUACCGACAUGUAACGAUUAUAUAUUCGCUAUCAGUAAUUCAAUAAAACCCUGCUGUUUGAUA